AUGCUUGGAAAACAAGCUUUAUGUAUUGGUAUUAACGCCUAUGUACCACGACAUUUGAUCUUAGAACCUUGUCUCAAUGAUGCAGGCGAUGUAACUCAGGCAUUACGUUCACUUGGAUUUCAGGCACAUUUUGUCAAAGAUCUUAACUAUAAAUCAAUGAAAAUCCUAACUCAUCAAUUUGUUAAUUCCAUUCAACCGGGUGCUAUUGUUGUGUUCUAUUUCUCUGGUCAUGGUUGUCAAUUUAAUGGUAAUAAUUAUUUAAUUCCAACGAAUGCUACCGGAAUUUGGGCAGGUAAUGUUGACUCGACUGCAAUCGAUGCACACAAACUCAUUAGUUCGAUGCAUAAAAGACGUCCAAAAGUUGUAAUAUGUAUUCUUGAUUGUUGUCGAACGGAUGCACCGUCAGAGCCAGUUGAUGAAAUGAAUCCAUUUAGUAGAACUUUAGUUGGAAUGAAAGCAGGUCUUGCACCAAUGCAAGCCUCACCAUCAACAAUCAUUGUUUAUGCUUGUGCAGCAAAUGCUUUAGCUUCAGCUAUUUCAAUGAAUAAUCGAAAUAGUUUAUAUACUUAUCAUUUACUUCGUUAUAUCAGAACACCAAAUAUUGAUAUUGAAACUCUUUUGAAAUAUGCUGGUGUAGACGUUAAAAAAGAAUCCAAAAGUCAACAAAUACCCUAUCUAUAUAGUAGUUGUAAGGAAGCAAUCUAUCUUGCAGCGCCCAACAAUUACAAGGCAGUGGUAUCAGCUCAACAUAUCCAUAGAAGAUCUGUUGUUCAACCAUUAUAUAGGAAACAAGCAAAAUUAUUUCCUGUUAUAUAUCCACAAUCGCAAUUCAAACACUUCUACAAGCAGUUGAAUAACAAACAUGGUGUUCAACACUUACAACCGCAACUCAAAUAUUUCUACAAGCAGUUGAAUAACAAACAUGGUAUUCAACACUUACAACCGCAACUCAAAUAUUUCUAUAAUCAGUUGAAUGGUCGAUAUGGCAUGCAAAGAAACUAUUAUUUAGUUGAUAGAAAUCCAUCAAUACCCAAGACAAAAGUUCCUUGGCAGCCUGGUCUUCUGCUUCCUCGACUUUUUUGA